UUGACCGCCGUCCCGGCCAUUUUUCAGCUGAUUGUCUUGCCCUUCUGUCCGGAAAGUCCGAAGUACUUAUUGGUUUCGAAGAAUCAACCAGAAGCAGCGAAGAAAGCACUGAUAAAACUGCGACAGAAGAGUGAUGUCAGCGCCGAGUUAGAUGAGAUGAAGAUGGAACUGAGCAAGCAGAAGGCUUCUCCAAAACUGCGAUUUGUGGACAUGUUCACGGACAAAGUUCUUCGCUGGGCGCUGAUUAUCGCAGCAAUGAUGAUGCUAUCGCAGCAAUUUUCUGGCAUAAAUGCGGUCAUGUUUUACUCGACGAGAAUAUUCAGGGACGCCGCACACCUUCAAGAAUCUGAAGCGCAACGAGCUACAUUGGGAAUUGGUGCUAUCAACAUUUUGAUGACCCUCAUAUCGACGGCUAUUAUCGACCGUGCCGGCAGAAGAUCAUUGCAUUUGGGUGGUUUAGGCGGCAUGUGGGUUUGUUCAAUCAUGUUGACCGUUUUCAUGAUACUGACGGUUAGUAUCGAUAUGUUGGCGUUCGAUCACAAUUGUAAACAGUACGGUUAUGCGUGGGCUUCAUAUAUGAGCAUCUUGUUCCUGCUUGGAUUCGUCGUCUCGUUCGCCAUCGGACCUGGGCCCAUACCGUGGUUUUUCGUCAGUGAACUUUUCAAUCAAAACGCCAGGGGCCAUGCAACUUCAGUAGUUGUUCCAAUCAACUGGUUUGCAGCAUUCAUUGUUUGCUUGGCUUUCCCGCCGUUGCAGACGAUGAUCAACCAAUAUACGUUCUUAAUAUUCGCUGCCCUGUUGACCCUCUUCUGGCUGUUUACGUACAAAUAUGUACCCGAGACGAAGAACCGAACGGUCGACGAUGUUGUGAGAGAGUUACGCGAGUUUGUCAACAGACACUGAGU